AUGAGGGUGCUACUAUGGAUGGUGAUGCUAACAUGGACACUGGCAUUAUCAAACGCUAGAAAUGUCCGCCUUCUCGAUACUGAAGGGAGAGAAAUCGAACAAUUAGCGAAUAAUAAUGCUGCAGCUUUUGACCAGACGCCUGCGGGAACCGUGAAGAAAGAAGCUAAAAGCAGUCAUCACGAAUCAGGCGGCGGUCACGAGCACCAUGCACAUCAUCACAAAGAAAAUGACGAAAAGGGAGAUAAAGGUUAUAAGUCGCAUCAUCAUCAUGACAAAGGUGAACACGGUCACAAAGAGAAGCAUCACCAUGAGGGUCAUCACGAUGAACACGGAGGACAUAAGAAGAAACACCACGAUGAGCACGAUCACCAUGGUGAACAUCAUGAAGCCGCACACGGUCAUAAAGGUGGUAAAUUUGGCCAUAAGAAAGGGCACAAGAAAGGCUCCAAAACCACCGGCUACCAUCACAAAUCUCACAAAGACGAAUACCACAAGGAUCAUAAGUUCUAUGAUGACUUCCAUAAGGGUGGUCACCAUCACAAGCAUGGAGAUUUCCAUGGUCAUCAUGAUAAGAAGGACGGGCACCACAAGAAAGGUGGACAUCACGAAAAAGGCCAUCACGAGAAACAUCACGGUAAGAAAGGACAUCACGACAAAGGACAUUAUGACGAGGAUCACAAGGGUCACAAAGGGCAUCAUGGCCACGAAGAACAUCAUGCCCAUCAUCACGACUACGGUAAGAAGGGCGGUCACGCCGGCGGCAAAGAACAUGGCUAUAGUCACGGAAAGAAAGCAUAA